UGAAUUUUCGCAUCUCUCUCAGGCACCUUCGAGGCCUCCUUGCAAUCAAAGCGAGCGAGAGAUAGAAAAGGACACAGAAAGAAUUGAUUGCAAGGUAUUGUGUCUCAUUUGUGAGGGAGGAGAGUGCUCAUUAACAAAACCUAGACGAAAGUAGGAAUGGGAUCCAUGGAAUUUGAAAGCCACAGUUGGAUCUGGGAUGGAGUUUACUACUACCCACAUCUUUUUGGAGGACUAAUGCUCACAGCGGCUCUUCUUGGGUUUUCAACAAGUUAUUUUGGUGGAAUUGGGGUCCCUUCUUUGCCCUAUUUCUGGCCUCAUUUGGGUAUCUUUCAGAAGAAGAAAUAUGAGAAGAAACCUGUUAGGGUCUACAUGGAUGGUUGCUUCGAUCUCAUGCACUAUGGUCAUGCCAAUGCAUUGAGGCAAGCAAAGGCUUUGGGAGAUAUAUUGGUGGUAGGAAUUGUGAGUGAUGAGGAAAUCAUUGCCAACAAGGGUCCGCCUGUUUUAUCCAUGGAAGAGAGGCUUCUUCUUGUUAGUGGUCUGAAGUGGGUGGAUGAAGUCAUUGCCAAUGCUCCAUACGCGAUUACUGAGGAAUUCAUGGGCAGGCUGUUCAGUGAGCAUAAAAUUGACUACAUUGUACAUGGUGAUGAUCCUUGCCUACUUCCAGAUGGGACUGAUGCUUACACCUUGGCAAAGAAAGCAGGCCGUUACAAGCAGAUCAAGCGCACUGAAGGUGUCUCAAGUACUGAUAUUGUAGGGAGGAUACUUUCAUUGAUGAGGGAUACAAAAGUUGGGGAUGGUUGCAGCAGCCCGUCUAUGUCUGAACAGCCCCAAGAUAGGAAUCUCACUCAGACCAAUGAAAAUCAGCCAAAUGGAGCCCAAAUAUCUCAUUUUCUCCCUACAUCUCAAAGGAUUGUACAAUUUUCAAAUGGGAAGGGACCUGCGCCCAAUGCUCGUGUGGUGUAUAUUGAUGGUGCAUUUGAUCUGUUUCAUGCAGGACAUGUGGAGAUCCUCAAAAGUGUUAGGCAGCUUGGAGAUUUUCUGCUUGUGGGUAUCCAUAGUGACCAAACUGUAAGUAAGCACAGAGGAACUCAGUUUCCAAUUAUGCACCUCCAUGAGCGUAGUCUUAGUGUGCUGGCUUGCCGUUAUGUUGAUGAGGUCAUCAUGGGCGCACCUUGGGAAGUCACAAAGGAUAUGAUAACAACUUUCAACAUCUCCUUGGUUGUGCAUGGAACAGUUGCUGAGAACAAUUGUUUGGUAAGUGGUGACGCCGAUCCAUAUGCAGCACCAAAAGCCAUGGGAAUUUUCAGGAUGCUUGACAGCCCUAAAGAUACAACAACUACUUCAGUGGCCAAAAGGAUAAUUGCCAAUCAUGAAGUUUACCAGAAACGCAAUGCGAAGAAGACUGAAAGUGAGAAGAGAUACUAUGCAGAGAAGAAGUAUGUAUCAGGAGUCUAAAGAUUAUUUUGGGGUUUUUGAUGACAAUUGAACCAACUGAAAGGAUCCAAAGCAACCGCCAGCGAGAUCAAUCCCAUUCCUCCCUCUUUCCUCCAUACCCAUCCUGGGGAAAGCUUCUGCGGUUGGAAAUAUUGAUGAGCCUUGUAUUUUUUAUUUUCAGGAUAGAAAAAGAAGAAUAUGUAUCUUUCAUAUUUUGCUUACCCAUAACACCUGAACGUCUCUUUGACAUGCCAUUUGUUUUACCCUCUUGACUUGUAAUAUUGCUCACAGAGUUAUAGCAUACUAGACAAUCAAUUAGAGGGAACUAAUCAAAAUAGUGAUGCUUGUGAUUCUUGUGGCACCUACAUUCAUGACAAGGAAAUUCAAGUCCAUACAACCUGCAUAUCAAUUUUGGAGGUGCAGAAGUGAGGGAAUUCCCAGAAUUUUCCUUUCCCUUUCAUAAUGAUGUGUGACAUUUGCA